GACGAGUUGACAACACGCUACAGUCACUCUUUUUAACAUCAAAGUUACACCAUUUUCCCGUUCCUUCCUUGCGUUUGAGUCAUGUGAGGGGCCCUGUAAUGUCAACAGAGCAGGAUAAAGAUUCAUUCUCUCUAAAGCGAAACCGAGAGGGAUUUUUAAGUCACUACAAAAGAGGCCGGUUGAAGAAGGUGGAGAGAGUAAAAUGUUUGGAUUUGGAGCAUUGGAUAUUUUAGGGGGUCCUGACCUGCCACUGGGAAGCCCUGAUAAAAAGAGACGCAAGUCAAGCACACAGGUGCCCCCAUUCUCCCCUCUCUCUGAAUAUGCCCCUCCGCCAAACCCCAGCUCAGAUCACUUGAUAGCUGCCAACCCUUUCGAUGACAACUACAACUCACCAUCUCUGAAGCCACUCCCCACUGCUAACCCUUAUUUUGGCCACUCCCAUUACCCAGGGUUCAGUGGCUAUGGGCCAUCCAGGAUGGCCCCCCAGUUGCCCAACAGAAUGCCUUCUCCAUAUGGGGCUCCUUUCCAGGUGCCAAACCAGCCCCAUCCUUUCUCCCAGAAUCCCAUGGGCAUGGGUUUCAAUCGGCUACUGGGAUUUAACUAUGGACAUCCAGAGAACAGAAAUUAUGGGCACCAGUUUGGCAGUAGCAUCAAAAACAUGCCACUUCCUCCAGGGCAGCACUUUAGACCAGGUCCAGGAGAGAAUGCCAAUCAAAUGCCACUUCAAAACCUGAGCCAAAACAGUCCUGAUGGUGGACCAGCUUUCGGUCAAGAGGGCAACGGUAGAGGAAAUCCAGUGUCCGCUAAAACUGCCCUAAAUAUGAAUCCUAACAUCUCUCAGCAACAAAAUAACUUUGCUCAGUCCAACACGACAACACCCAAACUGGAUGUGAGUGAAAUCGUGAACAAAAAUGUCACGCAGAACCCAUCUCCAAGGAAACAAAAUCAGAACUGUGAAGAGAACGCAUCUCAGGAUAACACCUCCGAGCUGAAGGCAAAGGGCCGAGGGAACACGCCUGCUGCUGUGGAUGGAGGUAUCGAAAAACUCAAUGGUGUUCUUCACCCCAAGAACGAAGCCAUGAAGAAGUCGCCACGACCUUUUGUUGACACCCAAGCGGAUAGAGUUCGUAGGGGCAGCAGUUCUAAUAAUAAAGUCCUGACCCAUCUUAAGAGACGGAGCACAUCGUCUUCUUCCGAACCUGUGUACCUGUGUGGCACCUGCCUGAGCGAAGUAAAUGACGAUCAAGAAGCAAUUUUGUGUGAGGCAUCAUGUCAGAAAUGGUUCCACAGAGUUUGCACGGGGAUGACAGAGACGGCGUACAAUCUACUAACAGCAGAGAUGUCUGCAGUUUGGGGUUGCGAUGCUUGCAUGGAGGACAAGGGAGCACAACUGCUCAGAACCCGAGAGGUGCUCGGGACGCCGUCUGUUACCAGCGAGUGUGGAUCCUUGAUUGUUGGAUGAUCAAAUGAAGUGAAAAUCUUGAAUUAGCAGCAGAGCCACAGAACAAGUUUCACGUGGAAACAUUGGAUGCACUAUAUACUUUUUAAUACGUUUUUUUAUUUGCCUGCUUUGACUGGGGUUCAUUUUAUUUUAGGGCAGGAGAGGGGAGUUUUGUUACUUGAAGGCCUUAUUUCUGGGCAUGAUGCAUGAAAUAACACACAAAUAUACAGUAUUUAUACCGUCAAAAAUACUGUGUGAAUCAGCCUUUUUAACCUUUUAAAAAUUCAUUCAAAUGUUAACAAUUCAUUGACAGCAUUGUUUUGAAAUAAUAGUGAUAUAUUUAUUACACAUUGCAGAAUGUGAAGUUUUUUUUUUUGCAUAACAGUAAUGAGAAUAGAGGAGGAAAUGCUUAAGUGUCAUUACCAUAAUGUCACAAUGCAAAAAGUAUCUUCCUGUGUCCCACAAAUGUCCUAAAAAUAGGCUUAAUUUUGGUGGCAUUGUGCAUGUAAAUUUAAUGUCCUGCUCUCUUCCAUUUGAUUGUCCAAAUGUGUCCAGACAUUUUGCCCUGAAGAUGUUGUUGCACUGAGUAUUAAGUGUUUACACACUUUGACAGAUUUAUUCUAUUGUAACAGUGCAGUAACAAAAGAAAGCUUUGUGCUGAAAGUUUGAUUUCUAUCCUUCCAUUGUUUUAGGCUAAAAGAUAUUGUAAACAAAGCCUUAUAUGUUCCCCACCAUGUAUUAGUAAGACAUUUUAACAUUUUGUAGAGCUGAAUUCAUGAUGAUAAAAGCAUCUUAAACUACCACUGUGUGCAGUAAUAAUAUAUCUUAGAUUGCAUAAUGUGUCUUUCAAAAUAAUGUAGGAACAAUUAUUGUGUAAUUGGCCACAUGUGACUGUUGACUGACCCCUGGUGCCUUAAAUCUGAUUUUUUUUUAUUUUAUUUUAUUUUUUUUUAUAUAAGAUUCUGAACAUAAGGCAAUGUGCAGUUAAUUAUAUGCUCACUUAUUAAUUUGUGGGAAUAUUUGUUAUUUAUGCAACUAAUUUUAUAACAGAACAAUGAAUGUACAGAUCCAAUAAACUGUAAAUAAUGAACUAUAUGAAGUGUUUAACAAGAAUACUUCUGGCAUCCUUGAAUUCAAGCUGGUACAGUUCAUGCAGACAGUUUCUGAAUGUAAAUUAAAGUUGUGUUAUGUGUGUUAUGAUAACUCAUAUUUCCCUUUGAACAACAGCCUCAUUUAAUAGAGAAACCUGGGCAAAGCCAUUGUUUAAGUGUCUUUUAAGUGUCUUGUUUUGGUGUCACUUCACACUGCUGCGUUUAAUAAAACUGGUUUCAAUUUUUUUUCUCCUA